AAUUAAGAAAAGAAGACGAGGCAUUAAGUUGCACUCUUUAUGGCGUAGCGCCAUCUAGUGGAUGUAGAUGGAAGCUUGUUCACAAUGUUAAUAACGUUUCUUUUUUAUUCCAUUGUCUUUAAUUAAUUCAAGUAACUCAUACACAUUGGUGUAUUAUUGUUUUUUAUUCAGCUUUUUAUUAAACAUAUUUUUUUCUUUCUUGUUUAGUUGUUGUUUUGCGCGUAUUGUGGAUUCAAACAGUGAACUAAACGCAAGCAGGAAACAAAAUGCAAACCUAAUGUAAAUCGGUGGUCGGGUCGGGGGCGGAGCUACGGUUCCUCUGCGCGUGAGUUCGCCGCCGCCGCCGCCGCGCUCCGGACGCGGUUGAGGAAGUGGAGUGAUCAAGUAGCGGCUCUCCGUCCGCGCCGCUCGCCCCGUGUCUCCGCUUCCUGGACCGCGAUGCCGCCGCAGCGGGUGUUCGCCCUUCCGCGGCAGCAGUCGCUGCUGCUGCCCGCCGUCGUCAACCCGUUCGUGCAGGACACCAAGCUGAGCCGAGGCGUCGUCAUCAGAUGCGUCCUCCAGGGGAUCUUCCUGGUCCCGCUCCGGGCCGUCCUCAUGGCUCUGGUUCUGAUGGUGACAUGGCCCGUGUGCGUCGUAAUCACCUUCAAGCGUCCUCUGAAAGGAGCCGCGGAGCCCAUGACGGGCUGGAGACGCUUCCUGUCCAGGAGGCUGCUCGCCGUCCUGGGCAGGGCCUACUUCUUCUGCAUGGGCUUCAGGGUGGUGGUGAGGGGCCGGCCGGUCAGCAGCAGCGAGGCCCCCGUCAUCGCCGUGGCCCCUCACUCCACCUUCUUCGACGGGAUCGCGUGCGUGGCCGCCGGCCUGCCCUCCAUCGUGUCCCGCGUGGAGAACCUGUCCGCGCCCGUCUUCGGCAGGAUCCUGCGCUGUCUGCAGCCGGUGCUGGUGUCCAGGACCGACCCGGACUCCAGGAAGAACACGAUCCAGGAGAUCGAGAGGCGGGCCAAGUCCGGCGGGCGCUGGCCCCAGCUUCUGAUAUUUCCAGAGGGAACGUGUACGAAUCGCUCCUGUCUCAUCACCUUCAAACAAGGGGCCUUUAUUCCCGGGGUUCCGGUGCAGCCUGUGCUCAUUAGAUACCCCAACAAGCUGGAUACCGUGACGUGGACCUGGCAGGGUUUCAGUGCGUGGAUGCUGCUGCUGCUGACGCUGUGCCAGCCGUACACCGCGGUGGAGGUGGAGUUUCUUCCUCCGCACGUCCCCACAGAGGAGGAGAAGAAGAGCCCGGCGCUGUUUGCCAGCAGAGUGCGAGAAACUAUGGCGAAGGCCCUGGUGGUUCCAGUAACCGACCACACGUAUGAAGACUGCCGUCUGAUGAUCUCCGCGGGGGAGCUCACCCUGCCCAUGGAGGCCGGCCUGGUCGAGUUCACCAAGAUCAGCCGCAAGCUCCAGCUGAAGUGGGACAACGUGAGGAAGGAGCUGGACGGCUUCGCAGCCAUGGCCAGUUCCUGCAGGGGAGGACGGAUCACCAUAGAGGAGUUCGCCAAGUUCCUGAAGAUGCCCGUAAACCCGGCACUGGAAGAACUGUUUGCGCUGUUUGACAGGAACGGAGACGGCACCAUCGACUUCAGGGAGUAUGUUAUCGGCGUGACCAUCCUGUGUCGACCAGCCAACACGGAAGAAGUUCUUCGAAUGGCGUUCCAGCUGUUCGACACGGACGACGAUGAGAAGAUCACGCUGGAGGAGUUCAACGCUCUGCUGCGCUCGGCUCUGGGCGUGUCCGACCUCAACAUGGCCAAGCUCUUCACGGAGAUCGACGUCGACCGCUCAGGUUUCAUCACCUUCAGUGAGUUCCAAGCCUUCGCCACGUCGCACCCAGAGUAUGCCAAGCUCUUCACCACCUACCUGGAGCUGCAGCGCUACCAGGCCAUCCAGGAGGCCACGCCAGGCGACCUGGAGCUGGCUGCAGGGACGAGUUCAGGGGUUCAACAGGAAGACAGCGGCUCGGACAAGAAAGACGACUGAGGGCGAAUGCCGCUCGUCCACACGGGGGACAGCGCAAUGUGGUUACGGCGGCGAGCAGGAAAAGGCCGGCGUCCAGUAAACGGAUGAUUAGGUUAUUCGCCCCAGCAGAGCCACGGUUCAGGUCACGCACUCGCCUAUUUACAGUUAGUGCUUCUGUUUUCAAGUUCAGUGCCUUUUAGCGAUCAAACAAGGAAUCCAAGUCACAGCACAUGAAAUGUCUCGGUGCAGCUUCUCUUUUUUGCGUGUGGUUAACUUUGAGUCUGUAUUGAUUUUCCUAAUGUUUUAUCCUGUGUCUGUGAGUGCCAAAGCUGCACGUUUCCAGGAUUUUGUGCACUGUAAGGUCUCUCCAGCUCGCUCUGCGCUGCUGCGUCUGCUAAGCGUGCGUUCCAUUUGUUAAGGCGGCUGUGUAAUUAACCAGAGGUUUGCUUUGCACGUGUAGCUAUUUGCAUUUCGACUGUAGGUUCACUGAAACAAGGCAAUUUGUGAGCAAAAAGCCGGCAGCGUUUCUUCACGACUGCAUGUUCCAGCAGGGUGCGAUACUGGCAGGAACAUCACCUUUGAAUAAAUUAAAACUGAGGGUUUUCUUUUUUUUAAAUAAAUGAGGGAAACAACUGUAA